AUGUUCCCAGACUGCUCACGCUUCUGGGUCCUGGUGGUUCUGGGCGCCUGGGCAGGCUGGGGAAGCCAAAAGGCCAAAGCAGCGCAGCUAAGGCAGUUCUACGUAGCCGCUCAGGUCAUCAAUUGGAACUACCGCUUUCAGCCCACAUACCCAAGCUUGAAUAGUUCUGCAACUACCUUUAAGAAAAUUGUCUACAGAGAGUAUGAAGCAUAUUUUAAGAAAGAAAAACCACGAUCUAGUAUUUCGGGACUUCUUGGGCCUACUUUAUAUGCUGAAGUUGGAGAUACCAUGAAAGUUCACUUUAAGAAUAAAGCCGACAAGCCUUUAAGCAUCCAUCCUCAAGGGAUUAAGUACAAUAAAUUCUCAGAAGGUGCUUCUUACCAUGACCACACAUUCCCAAUGGAGAAAAUGGAUGAUGCUGUAGCUCCAGGCCAGGAAUACACCUAUGAGUGGAAAAUCAUGGAGGAUAGUGGACCCACACACAAUGACUCUCCAUGCCUCACACAUAUCUAUUACUCCUAUGCAAACCUGAUACAGGACUUCAACUCUGGGCUGGUUGGACCGCUGCUUAUCUGCAAGAAAGGCACCCUAACUGAGGAUGGGACCCAGAAGAUGUUUGACAAGCAACAUGUGCUGAUGUUUGCUGUGUUUGAUGAAAGCAAGAGCUGGAUCCCAUCAUCAUCCCUAAUGUACACAGUCAAUGGCUAUGUGAAUGGGACACUACCAGAUAUAACUGUUUGUGCCUAUGACCACAUGAGCUGGCAUCUAAUUGGAAUGAGCUCUGGACCAGAAUUGUUCUCCAUUCAUUUCAGUGGACAGGUCCUGGAGCAGAACCAUCACAAAGUCUCAGCUAUCACCCUCGUCAGUGCCACGUCCACUACUGCAAACAUGACUGUGAGCCCAGAGGGAAGAUGGACCAUAUCAUCUCUCAUCCCAAAACAUUUUCAAGCUGGGAUGCAGGCUUACAUCGACAUUAAAAGCUGCCCAAAGAAAACCAGGAGUCUUAAGAAACUAACUCGUGACCAGAGGCGGCACAUUAAGAGAUGGGAAUACUUUAUUGCUGCAGAGGAAAUCAUCUGGGACUAUGCACCUGUAAUACCAGCAAAUAUAGACAAAAAAUACAGAUCUCUGCAUUUAGAUAAUUUCUCAAACCAAAUUGGAAAACAUUAUAAAAAGGUGGUCUACAAACAGUAUCAAGAUGAAUCCUUCACCAAACGCAUGGAGGAUACCGAUGUGCAAGCUGGGAUUUUGGGCCCUAUUAUCAGAGCCCAAGUCAGAGACACACUCAAAAUUGUGUUCAAAAAUACGGCCAGCCGCCCUUACAGCAUUUACCCUCAUGGAGUGACCUUCUCACCUUAUGAAGAUGAAGUCAACUCUUCCUCCACCUCAGAGCAGAACUCCCCCAUGAUCAGAGCAGUCCAACCUGGAGAAACCUAUACUUAUAAAUGGAACAUCCUAGAGUCUGAUGAACCCACAGAAAAUGAUGCGCAGUGCCUAACAAGACCAUACUACAGUGAUGUGGACAUCACAAGGGACCUUGCCUCUGGACUGAUAGGGCUACUUCUAAUUUGUAAGAGCAGAUCCCUGGACAAGCGAGGCAUACAGAGGGCAGCAGACAUUGAGCAGCUGGCUGUGUUUGCUAUGUUUGAUGAGAACAAGAGCUGGUACAUUGAGGACAACAUCAACAAGUUUUGUGAAAAUCCUGAUGAGGUGAAACGUGAUGACCCCAGGUUUUACGAAUCAAACAUCAUGAGUACUAUCAAUGGCUAUGUACCUGAGAGUAUACACACGCUAGGAUUCUGUUUUGAUGACACUGUGCAGUGGCACUUCUGCAGUGUUGGAACCCAGAAUGACAUUUUGAUCAUUCAUUUUACCGGGCACUCAUUCAUCUAUGGAAAGAGGCACGAGGACACCCUAGCCCUCUUCCCCAUGCGUGGAGAAUCUGUGACCGUCACAAUGGAUAAUGUUGGAACUUGGAUGUUAACUACCAAAAGUUCUAGUCCAAGAAGCAAAAAAUUAAGGCUUAGAUUCAGAGAUGUUAAAUGUAUCCGGGAUGAUUAUGAAGACCAAUAUAUUAUAUAUGGACCUCCACCAUCUACAGCCAUAGACAACAGGAAAAUGAGUGAUAUUUCAGAAAAUAAAAGUGAAGAGGAUCCUGAGGAAUAUGAUUACCAGGAUUCACUGGCUUCAUCAUUAGGAAUUCGGUCAUAUAGAAAUUUAUCACUGAAUCAGAAGGAAGAUGAGUUAAAUCUUACUGCCCUGGCUCUGGAGAGCAGCUCUGAAUUCGUUUCCCUGCGUGCAGACACAGCUAUUAGUUCAAAUUCUUCUUCCUCCAGUAACAUUAGUUGGGUCAUAGAUAAUGACCUCUCAGAACCUCAGAAAACCCUUCCUCACACAGGGGCCACAAACACUAGCUUAGAUAAGACCUCAGCUCUCAACCCUUCUAUAGCAGAACAUUACAGCCCUUAUUCUGAAGACUCCACAGAGGAUCCUCUACAAUCAGAUGUUACAAAGAUAAGCUUACUUCCUCUUGGUACAGAAAGAUUCAAAAGUCAAACAAAUGCUAAACAUAAAGGAUCAAAGGCAGGAAGAGACCUAGCAACAAAGCUCAAGUUUUCUCAGAAGGAAAUACCAGCACGUAAAACUGGGAGACAUUUAAAACAAGACAGUAUUUCUCCUUCCAGAAUGGGGCCCUGGAAGAACAUUCCUAGUGAUCUGUUACUCUUAAAACAGAAGAAUCCAUCUAAGAUUUUGAAUGAGAAAUGGCAUGUCAUUUCUGAGAAAGGUAACUAUACAAUAAUCCAAGAAAUGGAUGAAGAUAUUUCUGUUAACACACUACUGAAAAGUCCCCAGAAUGACUCAAGAACUUGGGGAGAUAGUACCCGCCUUACAAAAAAGCAUGAAAGGCAGACUGGCCGCCAAAGUUUUUCUAGAGUUAGACAUCACUCUCUAAAAAUAAGACAGGAUGGAGAAAAUAGUGGAUUGAAGAAAAACCCUUUUUAUAUUAAGACCCGAAAAAAGAAAAAGAUGAUACACUAUGUUCCCAUGUCUCCCAGGGGCUUUCACCCCCUAAAAGAAGACUCCCACACCACAUUUUCAGAUGGAAGGCUUGAUGAUUCAUUGUCACUCCAAAAGUCCAAUGAAACAUCUCUUCUCACAGACCUCACCCAGACAUUGUCCUCUAUGAGUCCUGGCCUGAUAGUUUCACUUCCUGACCAUAAUCCAAACUCCCCAAACAAUGACACUGGUCAGACAAGUUCUCCUCCAGAUCUUUAUCAGAGAAUACCCACAGAGGAACACUCUCAUAUUCAAGACCCUGAUCAAAUGCACUCUACUACAGACUCCAGUCACAUAGCCUUUACUCCAGAGCUUGACCAGAUGCUCAGCUAUGACCCAAGUCAUGAGCCAUCCCCUAUUAAGAGUGGUCAAAUGUUUCCUUCCUUGGAACCUGAAGUUAGGCAGACAACCUACUCUCCAGAAAUCAGUCAACUACUCCUCUAUCAAGACCUCAUCCAGACAACUCUCUCCCCAGAUGAAUCCUCUUCAGACUUCAGUCAGACAGUCCCCUCUCUUGACCUCAGUCAGACAGCCCUUUCUCCAGAAUUUAGUCAGACAAAUGUUCCCACUGACCUCAGCCAGGAAACCCUCUCUUCAGACCUCAGCCAGAUGACCCUCUCCACAGGCCACUUUUCUUCAGAACUUGGCCAGACAGUCCUCUCUCCUGACCUCAGCCCGGAAACCCCCUCUUCAGAGCUCAGUCAGACCACCCUCUCCUCAGACCUCAGCCAGAUGCCCCUCUCUGCAGACCACUUUUCUUCAGACCUUGGCCAGGCAGUCCUCUCUCCUGACCUCAGCCAGGAAACCCUCCCUUCAGAAUUCAGUCAGAUGACCCUUUCUCCAGAAUUUAGUCAGACAUUGCCUCCUAUAGACCCUGAUCAGACAUUUUACCCUUUUGAAUCUAAUCAGUCACUGCCUCUUCCAGAAUUUGGUCAAAUUCUUCCUUCUCCAGACUUUGGUCAAACACCAUCUCCUCCACUAUCUACUACACUCAAUGACACUUUAACACCAAGGCAAUUUAAUCCAUCAGUUGUAGUGGGCCUCUCCAAAGAUGAUGGAGAUUACAUUGAAAUUGUUCCAGGGCAGGAGCUCCAGAGCAGUGAAGAAGACUCUGUUGAGAUUGAUUAUGUGCUUUAUGACGAUCCCUACCAGACUGACAUAAGAACAGACAUCAGCUCCUCCAGAAAUCCAGACAGUAUUGCAGCAUGGUACCUUCACAGCUAUAAUGGAAACAAAAAACAUUAUUACAUUGCUGCUGAAGAAAUAUCCUGGGAUUAUUCAAAAUUUGCACAAAGGUUUGGCCAUGAAAUGGAAAUGGAUAAUGAAGACGCUGAUCAUGCUCCGAAGAACACCAUAUACAAGAAAGUUAUUUUUCGAAAGUAUCUUGAUAGCACUUUUACCGAUCGUGAUCCUCAGGGGGAGUAUGAAGAACAUCUUGGGAUUCUUGGUCCUGUUAUCAGAGCUGAAGUGGGUGACGUUAUCCAAGUUCGUUUUAAAAAUUUAGCAUCCAGACCAUAUUCUCUUCAUGCUCAUGGACUUUCCUAUGAAAAGUCAUCAGAGGGAAAGAGUUAUGAUGAUGAAUCGCCUGAAUGGUUUAAGGAAGAUAAUGCUGUUCAGCCAAACAGCACUUAUACGUAUGUAUGGCAUGCCACUGAGCGAUCGGGGCCAGAAAAUCCUGGCUCACCCUGUCGGGCGUGGGCUUACUAUUCUGCAGUGAACCCGGAAAAAGACAUCCAUUCUGGCUUGAUUGGUCCCCUGCUCAUCUGCCGAAAAGGAACACUGCACAAGGAGAGCAACAGGCCUGUGGACAUGAGAGAAUUUGUCUUACUUUUUAUGGUAUUUGAUGAAAAGAAGAGCUGGUAUUAUGAAAAGAAGCCCAAAAGGUCUUGGACACUCUCACCCUCAGAAGCAGAAAACUCCCAUGAGUUUCAUGCCAUUAAUGGGAUGAUCUACCGCUUGCCAGGCCUGAUGAUGUACGAGCAAGAGUGGGUGAGACUGCACUUGCUGAACAUGGGCAGCUCCCAAGACAUUCACGUGGUUCACUUUCAUGGCCAGACCUUGCUGGAAAAUGGCACCCAACAGCACCAGUUAGGGGUCUGGCCCCUUCUGCCUGGUUCGUUUAAAACUCUUGAAAUGAAGGCAUCAAAACCUGGCUGGUGGCUCCUAGACACAGAGGUUGGAGAAAAUCAGAGAGCAGGGAUGCAAACACCGUUCCUCAUCAUCGACAGGGAAUGUAAGAUGCCAAUGGGACUAAGCACUGGCAUCAUAUCUGAUUCACAAAUCAAGGCUUCUGAGCAUCUAGUGUAUAUCACUCCCAAAGAGGUGGACAUGCAAAGGGAAGUCAUAUUGACAGGGAUCCAGACCCAAGGUGCCAAACACUACCUGAAAUCCUACUACACUACUGAGUUUAACGUGGCUUAUAGUUCUGAUCGUAGAAGCUGGCAGAUCUUCAAAGGGAACAGCACAAGAAACGUGAUGUAUUUUGUUGGCAAUUCAGAUGCCUCUACAAUAAAAGACAACCAGUUUGACCCACCUAUUGUGGCUAGAUAUGUUAGGAUAUCUCCAACUAAAUCCUAUAACAGACCUACCCUUCGAUUAGAACUGCAAGGUUGUGAGAUUAAUGGCUGCUCUACACCACUCGGUAUGGAAAGUGGAAAGAUAGAAAACAAGCAAAUCACAGCUUCCUCAUUUAAAAAGUCUUGGUGGGGAGAUUACUGGGAACCCUGGUAUGCCCGGCUCAAUGCCCAGGGCCGUGUGAACGCCUGGCAAGCCAAGGCAAACAACAACAAACAGUGGCUACAGAUUGAUCUCCUCAAAAUCAAGAAGAUAACUGCGAUUGUGACACAGGGCUGCAAGUCUCUGUCCUCUGAAAUGUUUGUGAAGAGCUAUGCUAUCCACUACAGCAACCAGGGAGUGGAAUGGAAACCUUAUAGGCAGACAUUCUUCAUGGUGGACAAGAUUUUCAAAGGAAAUACUAAUACCAAAGGACACGUGAAGAACUUUUUCAAUCCACCAAUCAUUUCCAGGUUUAUCCGCAUCAUUCCUAAAACAUGGAAUCAAAGUAUUGCACUUCGCCUGGAACUCUUUGGCUGUGAUAUUUACUAG